AUGGCCAUUCCGGUCCAGGAAGCUCUGUCAAGACUGUUCAAGUCGGAGAUUGGGGCUGCCCACUAUGACCUCAUCAAAUAUCACAGAGAAAACGAAUUGGCUGAUCAAGACGUCGUCACCGAAGAAUCAAGACGUCUCUUGGGAAGACUGAGCAACCGAAUCCCAUUGCUUGAUGAAAUCUUGGAGAAGUCGGAGGACUUCCGUGUUGUCAACACUGCGAAUCUCGUCAAUGGCUUUGUCAACACAAUUCGCAUGGCUACCUUGGAGCUAGAAAACGGCAACCUUCAAGAGACUAUUCGCAGAAUCGGUCGUAUUCACAAUUUCACCACUCAAAUCAUCCGCCAACUUCAAGCCAGCACCACACAAGCUCCCGUCACCAAUACAACAUGCGACCCGGCAAAAGAAUUCGACUGUGGGAUCGGAAGUCUCAGAUGCAUACCAGCCGAAUGGCAGUGCGACAACAUAGCGGAUUGCGACAAUGGAAAAGACGAGUUGGGAUGCACGUAUGCCCAUCACUGCGGCAACUCCUUCUUGUUGUGCAAGAACACACGAUGUGUGGCCGGCGAAUUCAAGUGUGACGGAGAGGACGAUUGUGGUGAUGGCAGUGAUGAGCAACACUGUGAAUACAAUACUCGAAGAUUGCGAUCAGGUCGUCCCGCUCCUCCUCCUCUGCCAAACACGUUUGUCGGUCAUAACGGACCAGAAUGUUUCCCGCCAAGAUUGCGAUGCAGAUCAGGACAGUGUAUUCAGGCUGAUCUCAUUUGUGAUGGACAGGCCGAUUGUUCCGGAGGUGACGAUGAAGUCAACUGCACGAGAGGACCCAUUAAAGAGGAAUGCCGUCACGGAUACGCUCUCUGCUUUAGUGGCGACGUUUGCAUCCCGAACAACUUCUUCUGUGAUGGAGACAUCGACUGUGAGGAUGGUUCUGAUGAGCUCAAUUGUGAUAUCAACGUACCAAGCGAAGAGCAAUUCCUUUCGGGACAAGCUGACCAUAUGCAUGCCUGCUCUGCAGCUGGAAAGUUUGCAUGUGAAACAAAAGGAACCGAAAUAACUGUCUGUAUUCCAAUGAACGCGACAUGCAACGGUAUCAAGGAGUGUCCAUUGGGAGAUGACGAGUCUCGUCAAUGUUCGGAAUGUGCCAGAAAACGAUGUGAUCACACCUGCAUGAACACACCUCAUGGCGCCAGAUGUAUCUGUCAAGAAGGAUACAAACUCUCUUAUGACGGUGUUAGUUGUGAAGAUGAAGACGAAUGUGCCACGCAUGGACACAUUUGUCAACAUUUCUGUGAAGAUCGUCUCGGACCGUUUAUCUGUAAAUGUGCCAACGGAUAUCAAUUACAAGAGGAUGGACAUUCAUGCAAAUACGAAGCCACUUCUACUUCCGAAGGAUAUCUUUUCAUCAGUUUAGGAGGAGAGAUACGUCAAAUGCCAUUGGCCGAUUUCAGCGACGGUUCGAACUAUGCUCCUGUUCAAAAGUAUGCCGGACACGGAAACAUAAAAUCAGUCGACUUUAUGCAUCGCAACAAUAAACUGUUCAUGGCAAUUUCUGACGAACAAGGCGAGCCCACUGGAGAAUUGGCAAUGUCAGAGAACGGCUUGUUGAGAGUUCUCCGUGAAAACGUCAUCGGAGUUGGAAAUAUUGCUGUCGACUGGAUUGGUGGCAAUCUAUUCUUCACACAGAAAUCUCCUUCACCAAGUGUCGGAAUCUCGGUGUGCAGCAUGAAUGGAUUGUUCUGUCGUCGAAUCAUUGAGGGGAAAGUUCACGGACAAACCUAUCGUGGUCUCGUCGUUCAUCCGAUGCGCGGUCUCAUCAUUUGGAUUGAUUCCUACCAGAAGUCUCAUCGUAUCAUGAUGGCGAACAUGGAUGGUUCUCAAGUUCGAAUUCUUCUUGACAACAAAUUGGAGUCACCAACGGCUCUGGCUAUCGACUACGUUCGGACAUUGAAAGUACAAGAGAUCACUCAUCACCACUCGAGUCCUCACAUCAUCCACACAUUCAACCGUUUCCCAUAUGGUCUUGCUGUCAAUCACUCUCUCUAUCAGACUGGUCCAUCAACCAAUCCAUGUCUAGAGCUCGAAUGUCCAUGGUUGUGCAUUUUGGUGCCAAAGAAUGAUCAAAUCACUGCUGCCAAAUGUGUCUGUCCAGAUGGUUAUACUCAUUCAAUCUUGGAUAACACGUGCAUCCCACCAACAACUAUUGACGAGGAGAAGAAGCUUGAAAAGCUUUCUCAUGUCGGAGCAGCGUUGAUGGCCGAGAAUUGUAAAGCCGGUGUGGCGUGUCUGAAUGGAGGAUCGUGUCGCGAACUUCAGAAUGAGCAUGGAAGAACUCAUCGCAUCCUUUGUGACUGUGAGCAACCAUACGAUGGUCAAUUCUGUGAACGUCUCAAUCCGGAAAUGCUAGCUGCAAUGGAAGAAGAAGACACGUUUGCCGGACUCAUUGCUCUUCUACUCAUCUCUCUCCUCAUUCUCGUCGUUGUUGGAUGUGUCGCCUUCUUCUGGUUCGCUCAACGAGAAUUGACAAACGAAGUGAUUUCCACUGCUCGUGUUCAUGUUGACAACAUGGCUCGGAAGGCUGAGGACGCUGCAGCUCCACUCGUCGACAAGUUGAGAAAGGUCACCGAUAUGCAAAGAAGUACAUCACCAAGAGAAGGAUGUCAUUCGGCAACAAACGUCAACUUCGUCACUGAUGAGACAACUGCCGAGAAGAGAGUUCGAAUGCAAACUUCACCGUCAUCCUAUGGCAAUCCACUCUACGACGAGAUUCCGGAUGUGCCGUCUGGCUUCACGAUAUCCACGUCUGCACCAUUCGCCGGCAUCAUCCGCUUCGAGGAUGACAACAGCUUGUUGUGA